AUGAGGUACAUCACCUUUAAGGGACCUGAACAACUGCGUUAUCGGAUUAUUGUGGCAACCCUAACCAGAAAGCCGAUUGUAAUUACGAACAUCCGUGAAGAUGAUGAAAACCCCGGAAUGAAAGAUUAUGAAGUGAAGUUCCUAAAAAUGGUGAGUACAUUGUCCAGUGGUUGCGAAGUGGACAUUAACGAAACAGGAACGCGCCUAUUAUAUAAACCUGGCUUUAUCAACGGAGGAAAGUAUCAGUUUCACUGUGGAGAGGAGCGAGGAAUUGGCUACUUCUUGAUGGGCCUUCUUCCCCUUUUGCUGUUUGGAAAGGUUCCAAGCAAAAUCGUAUUCUCUGGAAUCACUAAUAACAAAAACGACAUCAGUGUGGACAUCAUUCGAAUCGUAACGCUUCCCCUUCUCGCGAAAUGGGGAGUCACCGAGGGCUGCAGUCUCCAAAUCAAAAAACGCGGCGCGGAGCCCAAUGGAGGCGGCGAAGUGAUUUUCAACUGUCCCACAAUGCGCGAACUCGAUCCCGUCGACCUCACCGAUGCAGGCGUCGUCAAGCGAGUCCGCGGCGUCGUGUACACGAUGCGCGUGUCCCCCGUGUUCGCCGAUCGCGUGAUUACGAGCUGCAGAGGACUCUUCAACAAGUUCAUCCCCGAUGUGCAUAUUUUCAAGGACCACUACACGGGAACGGAAAGCGGACGCUCUCCCGGAUAUGGAGUCACGCUUCUCGCCGAAACGGUUAAUCAUUACAACUACUGUGCGGAGAUGAUGGGAGUGAAUGGCGCGUUGGCUGAAGAACUCGGCGUUGCGUGCUCGGAGCUGCUUUUAGAGGAGAUUGCGCGCGGAGGAUGCAUCGACAGCAUUCAUCAGCCGCUUGCGGUGCUUUUAAUGGCGUUUUCUCCGGAGGAUGUGAGCAAGAUCCGAACGGGACCGUUAACGACGACGACAGUGGGAAUGCUGCGAUUGCUUCGCGAUAUGAUUGGAAUCGUGUUCCGCUUGCGUCCGGAUGGGGAUGAGGGAGGCGUGUUGAUUAGUUGUGUUGGAAGUGGUUAUAAGAAUAUAAGCAGGAAGGUCACAUAGUCUUUU